CUACUUGUACUCGAGCUCAGAUUGCUGAAGUUGCAAAUGUUUUUAAGGGUCCCCAUGGAAAACUUGAUGACUUUUCUAAUGCAUCUAUUCUUGAGAACUUGACUCAUGGUUCAGUCGUCGGCUAUUCGGUAGGCGGCCGGGAGGCGCGUCCUCAGCACUCCCUCCAUCGAGUCACGAACUACCUCAACCCUGUCAGUUCUCUGCCUUUCUACGAUGUCUUUCUCUCCCGGCCUCACUUGGGCCUCGCUAUCUCGAUUCCACGCCCUUCUCACUGCACUCCCCUGUUCCCUCUCUGUGUCUGCAUCUCUAUUCCGAAACACGGGCUUCUCCCCCCGUCUGCUCUCCUCUGCCAUGAAAGACUGAAGCUUCUCCUCGUAGCCUUGUACUCGCAGCGGUCGAAUGUCGAUGCCUAACAUUUUCCUCCACGCUAGCAGGCUGCGGACCUCAAAGCUAUCACCGAUGAUGACCGCGGUGCCACCCGCCCCCUGACGUCCCGUUCGGCCUGAUCGACGCAAGACAGCACAACACUUUCUCUGUCAUCAUCUGCCAAUAUCUAUUGGUACCUCCUACCCGCGAGGUGCUGGUACUCAUCUGGUGUGCGAGGCCUUCCCAGCACGAACACCAUGUCGACCUGCACGAUUCCAAAUGGCACAUUGCCAGUUGUGUACUCUUUUGCAUCGUUCUCCGUCCAUGCUUCACCUGGUUGAAGUGCAGCCCUCGCGCCCCAUCCAUCGACGCGACCAAGAGAGGCGGAGAUGAGUUUUUGUCGACAACCGUAUUGUCAAUCCUCUCCUGAAGCGCUGCAUCAGGGACAGCUUCCUCACCGUCUUGCUUCUUGAAUCGGCCCUUGAGCUCCUGGUGCUUGGCCAGCGCCUCCUGUGAAGUCUUGACGCGAAGGUCCCUCGUCUUCUUCUUGAAGCCGCUGUGGAAGCCGAGUGCCUCGUGCAGGGGCAUGGUGUCCUGAAUAGGCCAACACGCAUUCGUCGGGAUCGCUUCACGGUUGGCCCGUAUCCUACCUGAAACCCCUGUGUCUUCAGGAAGUGAGUCAGGGACCGCACAGAGUGAUGGGGUGCGAGGAAUAUCAGGGGCCUGGAGGGCUUGAGCGUCCUCAAUGCCGCAACCAACCCGUUUACCUUCGCACCUGGAGAGCAGACACUACACUCGUGCUGUUUUAUCCGUGGAUGUCUCUUUCCUGUCUGCUGUGCAUACCCAGAGUGUUGUUGGUGAGCGGGAGGAAGAAAUGCUCAAUGGUGUCGGGUACACCUACAGCGCGAGAGUGCAGAUACUCCUCCACCUCGAACGGCCUGAACACAUACGGAACAAAGAGCACGAUGCACGACCAGGGAGACAAGUCUCUGGUAAGCGCACCGUAUGAGUAGUGGCCCCCCCUUGUCCACGUCCCUGACACCCAUCAUGUUAGCCAGCUCGCGACGCAGCGGGCGUCCGAUCGUUGCCGACGCCGCUAUCAGCUGAACGGACUGACGUAAAUGACGAGACGUCUCUAGCACAGCCUGAAUGCACACAGGGACGCACAAGUGCCCAAGUCGUACUACGCUGGGUGGUCUGCCGGUCCGUGUGUAAUGUACCUGCGCAAUGACGGUCGCAGGUCUUGGGUGCUUCUUGCGGACCUCUUUGUCGCGCAAAGUGGCAUAGCGACCUGUGAACAGAACAGAGACACACCUGCGUCCCUGCAUUGUGGGUUUCCUCGUCCUCAGCACCACCUACCCAGUGGUGACACCAGUCUGUCCACUUCAUCCAUGAUGAGGUGCCUGACGUUUUGUAGCAACCGGUGCGGCUUCACACGCGCUAGGUGAUGAUGCUGGGAAGACGCAGUGGAGUCGUAGCGGAGAGCGCGCAGGAGCGACGUGGCGGUGCCAACAACAUACGGACAGGACGUCCUGACAGGACAACCAAACGGCUGUAUUGGAGACCCGGCAUCUGCGGAUGCGGCUCACCUCAGAAGCGUUCGCUCAAGGGGCAGAUUCUCGUCGUCGAUCACCAGAUGCACGAGAUCUGGCCGUUGAAGUGGAUCAUUUGAUCGACUGCCCGUCAAGGCACCCUCAAGUUCCAAUAUCUGAACACAAAACACAGUCACAUGUCCCGUGAUGCAAGAGCCCGUGUAUUAGGCUAACCUCUUGUGCAAGCUGGAUGGCCAGCUCUCGUGUAGGAGCGAUGACGAGCGUCUCCAUGGGAGCCCGCUCCCUCGCCGCCCCUCUUGCCCGCCUCGCUUGAGCCAGUCUCCUGACCAUGAGGGGCAGGAGGAACGCCAGUGUCUUGCCCGACCCCGUCUCGCUGUGGAGCAACACAUCCUCUCCAGAGAGUAUGAGGUCCAUAGAGGCCCGCUGGAUGGCAGUCGGUGAAUGGAUGUUGCGGCCUCUCAAAACAGAGGCGACGGGACCCGGCAGCUCCAGUGAGCCGAACGACAUAGGCCGACCGUCUUGUUUGUUGUGAGGUUGGGGACGCGUCGGGAUCGGAACGGCGGGGGGCUCUGAGUGCGGCUGCGAGACCCCAGGUAGUGGCGAGGUCUCCAUCUCCGUUCUUCUCAGGUCCGCCAGUCGAUGUUCGAAGGUCUUCUUGCGUCGCUGCCGCUCGCGCCAGGUGACAGGAGGCGUUGCAACAGAGGUGCUGCUGCUGCUGGACAUGAAUACUCCUGAUCUCCUGACAUGCCGACAGUCAGUGCUGGCUGCUGACGGAAAGCCGUCGGCGAGAGGCCAAUUGGGGGAGGUUGGCAGAGUGAAGGCGUGUGUACGGCUGAGGGGAGCCAUAGCACACGCAAGUGCAGUGAGGCAGCGGGAGGAGCGCCAUCUCUGCCGGGGCGCAUGAGAUGCACAAGUAUGUCGCUGAUCCACGCUGUCUGCGGUCGUUGCAGCGUCUGAUUCCAUGCCGUGUUGGACUCGUAGAUCAGAAGUCUGAUCACGUGCUUCCGAUUUUUGCGAGCUCAAGUAGCAGAUCUCCC